AUGUCCGAGUCCUCGAAGAGAGGAAGGUUGGGCAAGCGAGGGCGCCGCAGUAUCGCUGCCGAUCAGCAAGUACAGGCAGAGCCGCCGAGGACAUCUAAGAGACUGAGAGAGAGGAGAGAGGCAAGCGCAGGCCGUGCUGGGCGAACCGAUGUCGAACUGCCUGCUACGACGAUUUGCAAUGGUCUCGCGACGCCGGAAUCGAGUUCACUGACCGAGUCGCACACUCUACGGCUGAACGACACCCCAGCCGCGCCCAGAGACAUAUUUCCGUUCAUGCAGCUUCCCGCAGAGCUGCGCAUCCACAUCUACCACAUGGCGCUCCACCGCGACACUCCGCUGUACCUGCACGCUGCGCGCGCGCCCGAGAAGGAUAUCGAAGACGCAUCGACCGCCCUCGACACCGACUCACCACCCCUUGGAUCCCCCACCGACCUCUCCACACGCGCCCGCCGUCCACGCGCCCCCAGCCCGUCCCCCGACAUCGCCGGCCCCCUCGAUCGUAUCGUCCCCACGAUUCUGCGUCUCAAUCAACAGAUCUACAAGGAAGCGCGCUCCGUCCUCUACAGCGCAAACACUUUCACCCUCUCCCUCGCCAGCGGGAUCCACACGCUCAGCACUCUCCACCAACGCUCACGCAGCCUGAUCAAACACGUCAUCCUCACCAUACCCUCGCACCACGACAUCCUCGACGGCUUCGCCGACCUCGUGCGGCUAGGGCUGCGAUACUGCUGGGGGCUCAUGACGUUCAAGAUCAUCCUGCGAGCCAGUCUUCCAGACGACGGGCGCAUGACGCACGCGACGAGUGUCUACGCCAACGCAUUCCACAUCCUGCGGUGGCUGCCCAGGGGGUGCAAGGUCCUGCUCGAAGGAAACGUGAGCGAGGUCGUAAGGGACGUGGUGAGAGAGGAGGGGAGGCUGCAGAGUGUGUUGGACGAAAUCGGGUAUGCAAAGAGACAGCACCAGAUGCCUGAGCGUCAUUGA